AUGGAUGAUUCAAAGCUCAAACUUGGAAACUCUCUAGUUGCCGCUACCAGGCUAUUGAGAUGCAUCGAACGCAGAUUCGACAGUGACAAUGAUUUCAAGCAACGCUAUAUAUCGUUCAUGCGGGAGUACCAGGAAUUAGGUCACAUGAUGAUUAUACCACCGGCGGAGAUCGACGUGGAUUGGUCAAAGUCGUAUUACUUGCCGCACCACGGCGUCAUCAAGGAAGACAGCACCACUACCAAACUCCGGGUGGUGUAUGAUGGCUCGUCUGCAACAACGACCGGAGCAUCACUCAACGAUAUACUAUUGGAUACCCCAAACAUCAACGCAGAUCUGUUCGAAAUACUACUGCGAUUCAGAACCUAUCCGAUUGUAUUCAUAGCGGACAUCGAAAAGAUGUAUCGUCAGGUAUUGGUACAUCAUGACGACACCGAUUACAUGCGUAUCGUAUGGCGAGAUUCACCUGAUAAGCCCAUUCAACAUUUUCGUCUUCUUACCGUUACCUACGGACUAAAGAACUCUGGAUUCUUAGCGAUGGCUGCACUGCACAAGGCCAGAAGCCGAAAUAUCCCGAAGCAGUAG